CUGUAUAUGUGCCGUGUGGGUGAAAAACAGGGAUUAGUGUCAAGAUUAUAUUACAGGCACCUGUUCAUGUGAAGUGAUGUCGUCGGGGCCACACGAAGAGCCCUCCUCACCACACUUCAUCCUCACCCUGAGAUCACAGGCAGUCCCAGAGAAUGAGGAUGUUCGUUUUUUCUGCACAAUAGCUGGCACUCCAGAACCAACGGUGACCUGGUACAGAAAUGGUCAAAUACUCAUCUAUACAAAUGAGCCAACUGAACAAGAAACAUUAAUGGGCAACUACAUUCACACUCUUCACUUACCAAAGUGCACAGAAGACGAUGCUGCAGUGUAUCAAGUAUCUGCCAGAAACAACAAAGGGAUGAGCAGCUCCUCUGCAGUUCUGGAAGUUGGAUCUUUUACACGAACGAGGGUUUUUGAAAGAAUGCUCAGAAAAACAAAGGGAACUGAGCCGGACACACAACCUCAGGAUAAGGCUGCUCAACAAGGUUCCAGGGUAGAUGGAAGCAGGACAGUGGCCUCAGAUGAACAGUGUCCUGCUUUGGUACAGUCUGGGUCAAUAAAUGAUGAGCAACCUACUAAAGAAAAGAACAGCUAUUUAGAUAUAAAUACCAUGAAAAAUGCAUAUACUAGUAAAAAUAUUACAAACAAGACUAAAAAGUGCAAGGUUACUACACACAGGCUAAAAGUAGCAGAUGGGUCACCUAGUUACAAAAGUCCUCCAGUUAUCAGGAAUGGUAAGGAUGUGGCUGGAAGAGAUAUAGACACAUAUGACAAGCACCAUUUAGGAUGUGAAUACAGUGACUUGGCAGAGCCCAUGACCAAACUUGUAGCACCUGUUGGGGCUGACGUACACGCAGUGAGCCAAGCAGAGAACCACACACAGAUUAACUCUAAAAAUGGUUGUAGUUUUCAUAACACACCCUCUGUGGACACAUGUCUCAUCACAGCUGAGGAGUUCAAUCUAGAUGACCUGGAUGAUUCUGAAUGUUCUGAUGUCAUGACGGAAUAUACCAAUGCAAUCUGGCAAGCAAGAGUGCAAGGAAUUGAGCUGCCGCUUUUAAAAGAAGGUGACCACAGUGAUGAUGACCUCAGUCUAGAGAAGAAUUACAUUGUCAACAGUCCUGAAAAAGUAAAAAAGCUCCUGGAAUCGAGUGACAGUAAAGCUGUGGUUGCAAUCUCUGGUGGUCAGUCAAGAGUUAAAAAGCCAGCUGUCUAUGGAAGCUCAUCUGAAAACAACCCCUCAAGCAAACACAGAGACAUGGUUCACACAGCCACUCAGUACCAAGGUGAGUGGCUUGCAAUAAAACCACAAGCGCAGACUACCAUGGCAAUUAAGAAUAAAGGCCUUGAAAAAGCAGAGGACAACUGCGUGAAUAUUAUUUUGCCAGAACAUAAAUACAAGAAAGUUGCUGAAGAAAACAUUGAAGUGACAAAGGAGAGAAAUGUCACGGAUUUUAACUCUCUUUCAGGGAUAUGUGAAGGAGAACUAGCUCUCAAAGUUAAAGGAGAACAUUUGUCAGAGACAGAUAAGGAGGAAAUAAAAGGAAAGAUAAAGAACAUUGCUCAGUCUCAAGAAGAAAAUUCCACUGGAAUAAUCAACUCAGAGAAGGAGAGUGCUUUAAAAGAGUCUGGCACACUAGAUUCUAAGAAACUCUGCAAGUGGGACUUGCCUAACGUUGUUCCUAAGUGUGAAAACUUUAUACCCGUGGAAACUAAAGCCAUUUUAAGCGACAGCAGUACAGUAAGGGACAAUUGCACUGAAGGAAGUUUGAUUACAGAGAAAACAGAUAGGAUUUACCCCUGUGAAAGGACUUCCCAUAAGAAACAAUUUGGAUUAAUGUGUGAAGAACUCAAUAUACAGAUGACUGAGACCAGACAUUACCCUGAAAUUGAAGAAACACCCACAGGUUCAUACCUUCACUGUAAGGAAUCAGGACGAUUCAACUCCUCUUUGGAAAUUUUGCAUCGCAUAAAGGCUGAGGCUGCAGAGAAUUUCAAUGAGCCUUUCGAUUCACUUUGUCUCAAAAAUCCUUGCUUGAGCGAAGACCUUAAUGUGAAGAUGGAUCAACACAAUAAUGAUGGGAAAAGUGUUUCUCAGACCCAGUACAGCAGCACAGCAACAAAUAACCUAGACAAACAUUUGCAAUUAAAGCGUAGCCCAUCUUUUGACAGCUGUGAAUUUGCAAAGUGCUCUAUGAAGAAUCAAAAAGUAAACCUGUGUAAUAAUACCCUGAGGCAAGAUAGUGAUCUAAAGGAUAUUUUACCCACAUCAUUCACUGGUGCUGAGGGGUCUCAAGAAGGGAAUGCGCAGUACAAAACUAGAGACGAUUUUCAACACACCAAAGAAAGUGUUUUUCUCAGAAAUGGAGCAUCACAAGAAAACCUACGAUAUACAGACUCAUCAUUAAACACAAAGCGGUGUAAUGUUAUUGAUAAUGAAUCACACAUUCAUGAUGAAAGCCAGUCAUCAAAGCUGCCACAUGACGAAGGACCAUUCAAAGACAAUUCCUGUGGAUCUACAUCUACAUCACUCAUAUCCCCUUCAAAGGAAGUAAACAGCAUGACGAAUCAAAUAAAUAACCUUUGUAAUGAAGUUUCAGAUACAAACAGAUUACCUUCUGCCAUUAAGAAAAAGCCUCCCAUGAAUGAUACAUCUAAAUCUGCCUUUUCACUGCUUAAUCAAAAAGAUGACAUUCAGAAAGAUAAAACCACAGACUCAGACACAAAGUCACCACACCCAACUAGUAGACAUGAAGCUCAAACUAUUUCACCACCUGUUAAAUCAAAUACAAGCAUCAACAUGUUAAAAGGGUCUGAAUUUGAGAUAACAAAUGAGAAACAUGUUUCCACAACAGAUGGCAGGAAUGCAACUGAGUCCAACUUUAAAUGUAUACCUGGGGAUUUAAUCUUACAGGAAGUCAUUGCAACUGAUCAACAAAGUGUUGUACAGCACCCAAAAGAAACCCUAGAAUCGUGUACAAUUUGGAAGCCAGUGCCUGAACAAAAUGAAAAUAAUGUGAUGGAAAUUACAGAUGAAAAGGUCAGCAAUCAGAUAAAGUCUGCUCACUUAUCGUUCAUAGAGAUUGAUACAGCUGUCCCACAAACUGCCAUACCGGAGACAGUGGAUUUGUCAAUGAUGUGCGCAUCAGUGCCAGAGUAUGCGGUAGCUAAUUUGGUGACAGUAGGCUUAGAAAAUUCUAAUAUUGUGCCUCCAGAAAAGAUUAAUCACUCUGUUGAACAAACAGUCUUGCAACAAGCCGAGAAAACCAAUGAGUCAUCUGUAAUUCUUAAGUCACAUAGUAAAGCCUUCAAUGGGAAAUCUGUAACACAAAAUACAGACAGAAUGAAAACUGGAACUUCAAAACAGCAGGCGAAAGAGCAAAACACCAGUAAGUCUUGUGGUGGACAAAUAAAAAAUGUGCAGCAAGUAAAAGGCGUAGAAUCCCCGAAAAAAGUCCCUAAAGAUAGAAAAUCUCCCUCUAUGGAUAAAGACAGUAAUAACAAUGCAGGGGGUUCAAAGGUGAAAGAUGCAGCUUUCGGGGCAAAACAAUUACUGUUGAGCAAGAAAAACCUUGAAAAUCCUACACCAGCUGCUUCGUCCAACCCUAGAAAGGGGAAUCCGGUUAAAGAUAAUGAACACAAACAUUCAACUGCCAAAGAGCUCCCACUUAGUGCUAGAAGAAAAGUUACUACUCCAGACAAGUCUGGCAAGCACUCUGCACCAAAGGAAACACGAUCAGCUACUGAAGUGCACCAGUAUAGGGAAGAGAUAACCAAACGCAUGCGUUUGUCGGGGGAAAGAACCAAGGGUGAAUCUGUGGAAGCAAAGCAACACAAGCAGCAUUUAGGAGAAAACGAACAUCUUGGGCUAAAGAAGAAGGAAGGCCAAAGAGCUACAGGGCAGGAGACUCCAAAAAGGAAUCAUAAUGAGCAGCAGAAAAAGAAACAUCCCAUAAAGGAAGAAAACAAAGUGCCCAAAGUUCUUCAGCACAUCCAUGCAGAAACCUUUCCAGAUAUUUCUGGAAACAUCAAACUCUGGUGCCAGUUUGGUGACAUCUACGCAGACUCAACUAUCACAUGGUCUAAAGAUGGGGUGGUGUUGGCCAAAGUACAGAGAAGUGCAGGUGAUGACAGCCCAGAUUCCCUGGCCAUUGUUCAAGCGACAAUUAAAGAUCAGGGGAUGUAUCAGUGCAAGCUGAAGAAUCCCAAUGGGAAGAUGUCAUCUGAAUUCAGACUGACCUCAGAAGCACUGAAUGAACUAAUUAGUAAGCAAGACCUCGAAGGUGGGGAAGAAAUUAAAUGUGCACAGCUGAUGUUCAGAGAAGAUUUUUUGAGGGACCAAUAUUUCGGAGAUGAUCUGCUUGCCAGCAUUGUUACAGAAGAGCAGCACUUUGGGGAAGGAAUGCACCGGAAAGCUUUCCGAACAAAGGUCAUCAGUGGCUUGAUGCCAGUGUUUAACUCAGGGCACACUUGUGUCCUCAAAGUCCAUAACGCAAUUGCCUAUGGGACCAAAACUAAUGAUGAGCUCAUUCAGAAGAACUACAACUUAGCAGUACAGGAGUGCCAUGUACAAAACACAGCAAGAGAAUACAUUAAAGAAUAUAGAGCUGACAUAAAAUGUACCAAAGCUUUUGGAGAAGUGCCAGAAAUAAUUCCUGUCUACCUUAUCCAUCGUCCUGCCAACAACAUCCCAUAUGCAACCCUGGAAGAGGAACUGGUUGGAGACUUUGUGAAAUAUUCUGUGAAGGACGGCAAGGAGAUGAAUAUGUUGAGAAGAGAGUCCGAUGCUGGACAGAAAUGCUGUACCUUCCAGCACUGGGUCUACAAGAAGACAGACGGGAACCUCCUAGUCACUGAUUUGCAAGGUGUGGGCAUGAAGUUAACUGAUGUUGGAAUAGCAACCUAUGGCAAAGGGUACAAGGGGUUCAAAGGGAACUGUGCAACUUCCUUCAUUGAUCAGUUUAACUCUCUCCACCAGUGCAAUAAAUUCUGUGAAAUGUUGGGCUUGAAGUCAUUGCAAAGCAGCCAACCAAAGCCCAGAAAGACAGCAGCAGUGAAAGCGAGGGGACAGCCAAGCUCAAAGAAAAUUGUAUUUUUGCCUCACACCAAGAGCAAAACAUAAACUGGCAGUGCUGACAUAUGGAAGCAUAAAUGUGGCAUUAUAAGACUAAGAGGAUAAUAUAUUAGGAUUGAUGACUGUUACAUAUACCAGCAUUCAGAAAAAAAAAUCUCUGAACAGGACUGGAAUUCCACAACUUGAGUGCUUCACUUACCAUGAAUAUAAUACAGCAGAUACGGUACAGAAAUUAUCCAGGCAGGCAUAAGCACUGCAAAGCCAGGCAGUCUGUGAAUACUUCAUAAUCUUUGAAUAUGAGUUAUGUAUGUGAUGAAACAGAAAUGUUUCAAUUUUAUGUUGCCACAAUGUGGGCUUGCUACCAGAUUAGUAUUUUUUUCUGUUGGUUUUUUCUGUUGGUUUGUUUGCUUUCAAAAAUGUAAAUAAAUAUCUGCAACCAGGUAUUGAUUGUUUAGGCACUAGUAAAAGACAGGAAUUGAUGAAUGGAUGCGUGUGCAUUGUACAGAUUAUCAUCAUUAUUAUAAUUUUUUUUCCAUACAAAAUAUCCAGAUGUUUAGUUUAUAAAGCUAAAGUCCUAAAGUGCUGUAAUAGUAACUGGGAUAUAUAACUUAAAUGAAGGGACAUUUCAACACAAUUUAAUAAGGGUAAACAAGGCACUGGUUUGUUUCAUUGGGCCCCAUUCAAAAAAUAUUAAGACUGUUUUAAAUAGUUUUAAUAAAAAGAGAAUAAUAUCCAAUGGUUAGAAAAACCUUUUCUAGUGUUUCCCCUGUGCAAAGUCUUAAUAUAAUACGCCUUAUUUUGAGGCUUUAGAGCAGAGUUGACAGCAAUAAACUAGAUUGGACUUAUUUCUUUACAAAAAAAUACAGUGUUUUACUGGACUUAUGGUUUACUCAUGUAUUGUUAUUUAUUGAAUUAUUUAAGAUUCAGUGCUGCUAAAAUGUAUCGUUCUGUGUCUAUGUAGCAUAUCAGUAACACUUCAUAUUAAUGUGUCCUUUAUAAAUAGUUUAUUAACAUAGUAUAUAUGCUUAUAGAUUAGUUAUUUGUUAUAAUACAUUAUAGAACAAGUGAUAAAUGGUAGUAAUGACAUUUACAAAUUAAAUAAAUGAAAAUAUGAAAUAGUUUAUAUGUAUUUCUACUUAAUGGAUGAUGUUACGUAAAUCUUAAUAAAGCAUGUUUUAACAUGCAAUUUAAAUGGAUGGUCAUGUUUUUUUCUACUUUUUGAUGUGACUAUUUAUGCAGGGCUUUAAGCUAAUAGACAUGCUUUACAUGAGUAAAUGCCUAUGGUAGUUUAUAACAUAAUGUUGUUGUUUCAAGCUCUGGGCUGGCGUUUGUGCUAAAAUAGGUUCAUUAUGAUGUAAAAAACAAAAAUACUGUUCUAUUAAACUAUGUAAUGUGUAGAAUUACAGAAAUAGUGGUAGUAUUGACAUUGUGAUGCAUGUAAGCAUAAAUUCCAAUAAAUAUAAUGCUAUACUGUAUAAUGCUUUUGAGUAUCACUAAGUUUGCAAUUAAGUAUUAGUGUUCAACACAUCGGUCAUUACCUAGAUUAAUUAACCGUGGUGACUCUCAGGUGUCUCAAGCUGGAGGCACUUAACGAAAGAUAAAGUCAAUUAUCUACAGUACAGGUAAUGAUCUCUGCAGAUGGUCAAGCAAAUGGUGACAGUUCGGACAGCUACUUACGUUUAAACCCCACAUUCUGGUGCUCUCUAUAACUUUUAGUAAAUGAUGUAUAAACAUACUAAAGGACAUCCCACUUAAAUAUGUGAAGAGGAGUAAGUACUUCUCCAGGAUUCUGUUGCAAUUAACAUGUAUUGGUAACUACAGUGUGAUUUUGAAGUGUAUUCUAGAGUGUAUAGAGCCACAGCAGGACAUGUGUUUCUGUCACUCAAAGAUUUGUGCUUUUGUAAAAAUGCAUUAACAUGUUUGGUUUAUUUUCACAACAAAAUAUCAGCGCAUUAUUUACAUACAAUAUUAAGAAAUAAAAAAGUGAUGCUGCUUACUAAAUGCAUUCAUGCCUUAAAUCAUCAUGAUACAAGUGUUGCCAGCAUAUCUGUCUUGUUUUAUAUUUACCCAACACAAACUCUAACAUAAAUGAACAAAAGCGCUGUGGCUAGCCUCAAGAUUAAAUUUCUCCUACUGAUAUUUUCCCCAGUGCAUUCCUUGUACAAAAUGAAAGAAUUCAUGGCUGCCAGAUCCAGUAGA